UUUGAAGAGCAAUGGAGUAGUAUAAUGGUAAAUGACGAAUAUGCUCAAGCGAGAUCAUACUUGGAUGCUCUUAGCAAGUGGCAUGAACAGUGGGCUCUAGCAUACCUCAAAGACUAUUUCUUCGCUGAUAUGUCAUCAACACAAAGGAGGAAAUCAAUGAACAAAUUAUUAAAGGGUUUCCUUGAUAGUAAAUCUACGCUUACAGAGUUUUUAGCAGCAUUUGAACAGGCUCUUGAUGCUCGUGAGGAGGCUGAGCAGAUUUCAGUAUACAAGGAACUUGUUUACUCCACCUGUUCGACUUCACAAAAUCCUAUCAAAAAUCAAGUCGCUAAUUGUCUAACACGAGACCUGACGUUAUACGUUGGGUGUGCUAUGAUGGCCAUAUAUUUACUUGCUGCUAUCACAACCUUAAAUCCACCUGAAUUGGAACUUGUAAAAGAUUAUAUCAACUUUUACAGCAGCUCACAAGUCCCAGGAACUCCAUCGCCGCAAGAAUCGUCCAGUGAAAAUGACUCUCAAUUCCAGUAUAUGCGUAUCUAUCAACUAUCAAGGGAAAUCGCAAACAAGAUUUCAACGGACCCCGAUAAAUGUGCAGACUUUAUGGUAUACCUUGAGACGUAUUUGAAGUCUCUAUAUAUUGUUGCUGAUGACAUUCCUGUCUUAACCAGCAUACCACAACCUUCCUUGGAAUGUCCAAUAAUUAACAACUCUAUCAAGAGCAAGGCAGUUGGAUGA